CAGUCUCUCCGCCGCCUCGGACCGCUCAUUUCCCUCUCCCAAACCCCAUUUCUCUCCCACCCUUUUUAACCCCCACUCGCUCGCCUGACCUACACAUCCAAAUAAGACUUUACUUUCAACCAUCUCCCCAACUCUCUUUUCCUUUUUGUUUUAAUUACCAUUCAUAUGGACGAUGACAACCACCACUACGAUCUGCCUCCACUCUCCUCCGCCACUCUCUCCGCCGCCACCAUUCUCCUCUCCCAUCCUCCUCCUCCUCCACAAGACUCCCAUCUCCCACCUAUUCUCUCACAACACUGCUUAGGCUUCUCCUCCCCCGCCCCAAAAUCCUAUUUUUUCACAAACCCUCCUCCUCCUCCUCCUCCUCCUCCGCCCCCUCACGACCAACCCCCAUCCCAUUUCCCGCCUUCCUCCGCCUUCCUCUCCUACGGCUUCAACGAUCUCUCAACUUCUUUAUUUCAAAAAGACGAAGGAAGAAGGGUUCUUGAUGCUUGGAGUACCAAAGUGGCUAGAAGUAAGAGAAGACUCGCCCGCCAAAGAACCCUUACUUUAAGUCGAACCUCUUCUUCUUCCUCCUCCACCUCCGCCGCCUCCUCUUCCGGUUUUGGUUAUAAUAACGAUGAGUAUUCAAAGGGAUUAAUGGCUACCCACUUCCUGAACACCGAUACACAUAACAACGCCAAUCCGAAUAAUUUUACCCUCUGCACGCCAGAUAACAAGAUUCUUAGAAUGCUGCUGAAGAAGGACCUGAAGAACAGCGAUGUGGGGUCUUUGGGCAGGAUCGUCCUCCCCAAGAGGGAGGCAGAAGAGAAUCUACCAUUGCUCACUGAUAAGGAAGGCAUCCAAAUUGUGAUGAGAGAGGUCCACUCAAACAAAAAAUGGGCCAUGAAAUACAAGUACUGGGCGAACAACAGAAGUAGAAUGUAUGUGCUGGAAAACACAGGUGAUUUUGUUAGACAAAAUGGUCUGAAGAUAGGAGAUUUAAUGACCCUUUACGAGGAUGAAUGCAAGAACAUGUACGUGGCGGUUGUGAAAGGUGAGAAUGAUUCAAGGGAAGAAAAUGAGGAGCUGGUGAGGAACAACAAGAACAACAACAACAAGAACAACCAGCAGUGUUCUUUCACAAACAUGUGCAUUAAAGACGAAGAAGAGGACGCCUCUUUAGCUAUGUUGAUCGAAGAGCUCAAACACAAGCCAGAAGACGAGGACCGCCCGCUGUCCUGCAGCAGCAGCACUAGCAGCAGCAGCAACAGCAGCCACAACAACAACAACAACGCCCUCAUGGCUUCGGAUUCAUAUUUGAGCACUACUCCGCAGCCCUCCUCCUCCGAUAUGAUGGGAGCUGCUGCAAAAGGGAUUUAUAAUAGUAUUAAUAAUAAUAAGAAGAAGAAUGGGAAUAAGGAAGGGGGGGAGGAUUUGCAGGCGGGGAAUGGGUUGGAGGAUUGCUUUAGAGGGCUUGAUACUCUGCCGGAAGUUAGUGGAUUCAAGUUCCCUCUUUUUGACUAUUUGAGCAAUGACAGAACGUGAACAUAUAAGGCCCACCAUUCAGCAACCGCUCGCCAGAUGCUCUGUUUUUGUGUAAUCAUUAUAUUAUAUAUGACACUGUUCUUGUUCUACCUACUUUCUGGCCUUCUCUUCUUCUAUCUUCUUUGCUUUUGUUAUACUUAUGAACACCCUUGUUAAUUUUGUUGAUAUGGCCAGCCUUGUUUAAUCCUUUUA